AUCGAAUCAAACCCACUUCCUCCACCUCCACGCACGCACGCUCGCCGCCGCUGCAAGUUUGCAACUCCCGAGCCCCGGCCAAUGGCGUCCACCAACGGCGGCGGCCUCCCCACCCACAGCGCGGCCACCACCAAGCCGCCCGUCGACGACCUCCACCGCGAGAAGCAGCGGCUGCGGCGGCGCCGCGGCUGCCUCUGCUGCGCGUGCCUCCUCGUCACCCUGGUCCUCCUCGGCGUCGUGCUUCUGAUCCUCUUCUUCACCGUGCUCCGCGUGCGCGACCCGAAGACGCGGCUCGUCUCCGCGAAGCUCGUGGGACUCGCGCCGCGCCUCACCUUCCCGGCGCUCUCCAUCCAGCUCAACGUCACCGUCCUCCUCACGGUGUCCGUGCACAACCCCAACCCGGCCUCCUUCACCUUCCUCUCGGGAGGCCACACCGACCUCACCUACCGCGGCGUCCACGUCGGCGACGCCGAGAUCGACCCCGGCCGCAUCCCCAGCAAGGGCGACGGCGAGGUCAAGAUGGCGCUCACGCUGCAGGCGGACAAGUUCGUCUCCUCCGGGGGCGCCAUGGCGCAGCUCAUCUCCGACGUGGAGGCCGGGUCGCUGCCGGUGGACGCCAGCACCAGGAUCCCCGGGCGGGUGGCCGUGUUCGGCGUCUUCAAGCGCCACGCCGUCGCCUACUCCGACUGCAGCUUCGUCUUCGGCAUCGCCGAGAUGGGCGUCCGCAGCCAGCAGUGCAGCGACCACACCAAGCUCUGAUCGGCCAUAUUAUUCCUUCCGUCGUUUCGACACGCCGCGGGCGUCGCCGGAGAUGGAAGUUUGGAGGACACCUUUUUCUGCCGCUGCCGUGCUCGUUUGCCAAGCACGGCACUUGCGGCCAGCACGACGAUCGACGGCGUCGUUGUCACGGAGAGGAAAAGGAGCGACAUGAUUCUUGAUUUUCUGAUGAUGCGCCAAAUUAGUACUGUAGUUAGUCACUACCUUGGGUAGAUUUAAUUUGUCGUUUUAGUUGUUGAUAUUGCGUGGUGUCAUCAUAUAGUAUGAUUUUGAUGGAUUGUUCAUAUGCA